CUGCGCAUUGAAACGCUGACUGGAACGGCGGUAAUGAAAUGCUUCGUCCAGUCGUAUAUGUAGAUUUUCGUGAGUGUCUUUUUGCUGUCGUCACGUUGAGGCUGAAAGUGAACGAGCUGCGCUUUGCGAGUUUCUGUGCCCGUGUCAUAGGAUCGUCCUCGAGUCGUUUUAUUUGCGGGCGUGUUUUUGCAUCAACGUUGGUGAGUGCGUGUGUUUGGGCUCUGCACCGUAGGUCGCGAAAGCUCAUUCAGCCAGCACCACGAAUCUUCUGUGCACCUUCAACGACCUUCGUGUUCCGAAAGCGACCUCGGAACUAGACGUACUACUCAAGAGGUGUCCCUCCACGUGCGUGCGGUGCUGCUGCGCCCGUUCUCCUCGAAGGUCCGCACCACUUGUGUUCGAGUGGUUGCUCGCGAAAGAAGGUUCACGACGACGACCACGUGAUCGCCUCCACCCCGAGCGGGCUGUCGGACGGCCGGGCUUGAGUUGCGGCGAGGACGACGACGAACCGACGGACGCGAAGACAGUCAUCCCGAGUGCGAGGCGACGGGUAGACCCGCUGCUGCUACGGUUCCGGCGAUCGAGGACGACGGCCAUGCCCAGCGUGGAGGGAAUCUCGCUCCCGCCGUCCGCGGAAGCUGGCUUCCCCCUGGAGCGUCGGAGGAGGCGCGCCCGCGGAUGUCCAGAUGCGAGGCGUAAGAACCGGCACCAAACGGCCAUGGGGGAACCACUGCCGACGAGCCAGGUGGGCUCCGACUCGGAGCUGGACGUCGAGGACGACGACGAGGAAGACUGCGGCAGCACCAGAGCCGAGCCGUCCUCAUCCGCCAAGAAGGCGGCCGGCGCCCUGGGCUUCUCCAUCGCACGCAUCAUGGCCCCGGACAAGGCGCACAGGAACAGCGCGUCUUCCGCCGCCUGCUCGCUCUCGGCGAUGCUCCACGACUGGCGCCGAAAGCUGCAGGCCUCCGGGGCGACCUGGAUCAGGCCCUCGCUGCCGUACGGCGGCCCUCACCACAACCCCGGAGUCGAGCGCCAGGACUCGACCCUAGCCCUGGGCAUCGCCACGACCGCGCUGAGCCAGCUGGCCAGGCUACACCAGGGAGGAGGCGGCGGUCUCGUCUACCCCUGGCUGCAGCAGGCUUCCGACGGCCUCGCCUCCUCGACGCCGGCGUCGGGGCUGCCAGACGUCGCGACCCACGCAGAGCAGACGACGGCGAGGCUGGUGCGACCUCAGCCGCGCCUGGCAACCAUGGCGUGCGAGGUCCUGAAGCACUCCCGGCUGCAGGACACGGAAAAGGCCGCCGCAGGAGCAGGCGGAGGCGGCGGAGCCGGCGGAGCCGGCGGAGCCGGCAACAAGCAGAAGACAUUCACGUGCACCGAGUGUGGGAAGGUGUUCAACGCGCACUACAACCUGACGCGACACAUGCCCGUGCACACGGGCGCCCGGCCGUUCGUGUGCAAGGUGUGCGGCAAGGGCUUCCGGCAGGCCAGCACGCUGUGCCGCCACAAGAUCAUCCACACCCAGGAGAAGCCGCACAAGUGCGCCACCUGCGGCAAGGCGUUCAACCGCAGCUCGACGCUGAACACUCACGUGCGCAUCCACGCGGGCUUCAAGCCCUGGGUGUGCGAGUACUGCGGCAAGGGGUUCCACCAGAAGGGCAACUACAAGAACCACCGGCUCACGCACACGGGCGAGAAGGCGUACAAGUGCAGCGUGUGCAACAAGGCCUUCCACCAGGUGUACAACCUCACCUUCCACAUGCACACGCACAACGACAAGAAGCCCUACACGUGCAAGGUGUGCGGCAAGGGGUUCUGCAGGAACUUUGACCUCAAGAAGCACUCGCGAAAGCUUCACGAGAGCGUCGUCGCGUCCAGCACAACUCCGUCGCGCCGACCGUCGCCCGCCGAGACCACGGUGGUGGCGAGGUUCCAGCAGCUGCACGCCGCCCCGUUCGUGGCCGCGUCCGGGAUCCUCGUCGACCGCGCCAUGAUGCCCGCCGGGCUCCUCUGACCUGCGGCGAGGAGGCGCGGCGUACGGCACCGUUCUCAAGCAGCAGACCACCGCCGGUGUACGGUUCCGCGGGCGAUCUGACGUAUUACCUGCGCCUGCAACUUGGAGUGCGCGGCGUCCGAGACCUCCAGUGCGCUCCUCUUCUCACGCAUAAUGGUCUCGGAGGCCACGGUAGCUCCCCAACGGGCUCCGACAGUCAAGGCAGGGGGCGUACACAUCGCUACCAGAAUUCACGUCGCAACAUGUGUAGGAAGUGAUGCAUUGCCGAUGCGGCGUGCGGUACGUCGACAAGAUGGCCGCUCUGACUGGAGGGACGUCUCGGAAACGUGGUGGCCCAUGCUGCUGUUGUCACGACCCUACAAAGUCGAAUAGCUCGCGGAAUCGUACCCCGUGUCACUUGCUUUAUGUGCCGACAUUCCCGGACCAGACUUACGCAAGAGGAAUGCAGUGUUGUUGAACCAAGCAUGAGCUACUGGACGAUUCACUUUAAAGGACUGCACUUUGCUGAGCGCAGUUGUUGGGUGUGUGUGGUGUACCACGACAGAUCAAGUCCGUGUGGGACACUUGCUGUGCUUACCCUCUGCCCAUAUGGGUCCCUGAUCGUGGAACUUGUUGAAUUGAGUCAUAAAUGCAGAUCUGUUUAGUUUGUAAUAAUUAAGGCGGAGGUGCAAAUGCGUGUGAAAUGUUUGCGGAAUGUGUGUUACAGAAUCCGAGACGCGUCCAGCCUCGCGGAAACAUUUGUCACAACAUUCUCUGGUGCUGUUAUAGCAGACCGCGCCAAUUACGCUCAGUGUCGGCGUAUUGAAAAAAAAAACACCAAUAAAUCACGGGGUGGCAGCGGGCUUUAUGACACGAUAUGUGCAUAUGUAAGCAUGGUGGGCUCGUAGGAAACCGCACCUGAUCACGACUCAAAGAGAACACGCAAGUAACCUUCUCCUACUUUAGAACUGAAGAGCUUGGGCUAAUAUUCUUCACGAAGUCCAUAUCAUGGCCAUUUAUUUUCCCUUGAGGAAUAAUGCUUACGAUAGCGCAUGUAGGGACUAACGAACGGCCAAAAUAACGCUGCAAUGUCUGUGUGCACAUCACCAGGCAGGUCACAACGGUUUUUUGUUCUGUUUUUUUUUUCCCGGCCAUCUAACCAGUAUCAUAGUAUCAAAACAAGCUCACACUCGCCUUCAACUGCCCUUCCAACGGGAAAAGCUUCAGCAUAGAUGGUGGCUUCUGGUUACUCUUAUUCUUUUUUUUUUCAUAUGUCCCGGGGUUCAGGCGUGAUGAAACGAACAAUGUUGCAUUACUCCACAAGUAGAACCAACUGAAGCGGUGUUCCCGCAUUUGUGGGCUUGGUUCCCCCAUGUGUGAAAAAUAAGAAGAGAAAAAAAAAGCUUUCCAAGGAAAUACACAGAAUCUCAUUAGAUAUUUUUUAUUUAAAAAAAACUAAAAACAUCCAUUUUCAAAUUGUUCCAUUUGUCAAAGAGAGCUCGGGCUAAAGCGCUGCUGUACAAACUAACGGCACGACCGAAACGCCAAGGCUUUUCUAGAUGUAUGGCAUGGCAUUAUACCUCUCAGCGUAUAGGAAUGUGGGUUAAUUUACACCCAAUACGUUAUUGCCGGCACCUGACUUCCGUGGCAGCGGUAGUGGUACAGAGCAAUACAUGUAUGCUAAACACUCCAAUACAAGACCGUGAAUCUAGUUAUUUUCGAAAUAAGACGACUACAGCUAAGUGACUAGCACAAAGGCUCGAUUUAAGCAGGAGGAACAUGUAAU